UCAAACGAGAACUAAUGAGAGCUCCUGCUCUGGGACUGCCAGAUAUUUCAAAACCGUUUUGGCUGUUUUCUCAUGAGAGACAAGGAAUAGCUUUGGGAGUACUAGCACAAAGACUUGGUCCCUAUAAACGAGCUGUAGCUUAUUUCUCCAAACAACUGGACGAGGUAAGCAAAGGAUGGCCUGGCUGCCUUCGAGCUGUUGCAGCAGUUGUUAUCAAUAUUCAAGAGGCCUGAAAGUUUACCAUGGGACAGAAAAUAACUGUGUUAGUCUCCCAUACAGUUUCAGCGGUUUUGGAACAAAAAGGAAGCCAUUGGCUCUCACCCCAGAGAUUCUUAAAGUACCAAGCAGUGUUAGUAGAACAAGAUGAUGUAGAAAUUGUAGUUACUAACAUUGUCAAUCCAGCCUCUUUUCUUAGUGGAACUUUGGAUGAACCAGUGACACAUGACUGCAUAGAAACAGUAGAAGCUAUAUAUUCCAGUCGACCAGACCUCAAAGAAGAACCUCUGGAGGAUGCUGAAAACUCCUGGUAUACCGACGGGAGUAGUUUUAUAAAACAGGGACAACGUAAAGCAGGAUAUGCAAUCACAACCACCCAACAGGUAAUCGAAUCUAAGUCAUUGCCUUCCGGAACUUCAGCCCAAAAGGCGGAGAUAAUUGCCCUUAUCCAAGCAUUGGAAUUGGCAAAAGGGAAAAAGAUAAACAUUUGGACAGAUUCUAAAUAUGCAUUCGGAGUAGUUCACGCUCACGGUGCAAUUUGGAAGGAACGAGGAUUGCUAACUGCUCAAGGAAAGCAAAUAAAACAUGCAGAAGAAAUCUUAAAAUUAUUAGAAGCCGUAAAGCAACCAGAAAAGGUAGCUAUCAUGCAUUGUCGAGGACACCAAAAAGGAAACACAGAUUCAGAAAUUGGAAAUCAACUAGCAGAUUAUGAGGCUAGGCGGGUGGCAGAAGAAGUGGAAGCAGAGACAUUAUCCUUAAUACCAGAUGGUAAAAUCCAAACUAUUUUUUCAGGACAACCUCUGGAGGAGAAAUGGGACGGACCCUAUCAAGUGUCACCUGAGAGACCAUGGACGGCCAUCCCUACAGGACCCACGGGUCUGCGAUUCUCCAGAUCAUGA